UGUAAGAGGGGCAAGUGUUCAGAAUAGAUGUCUCGUGCCUGCACAUGUCCUCUCUCUUUGCGAAUUCAUUUCUCCCUCUUUGUUCUUUCGUGAUUCGCUGCUAUAGUUUGCUGUCCGCAGAAGUGAAGGUGUCUGAUGUUGUCGCGCGAUGCUGAGUGUGUCAUGUGACGGCGGGUGUGAUUGGAGAUUAAGAAGUGUCAACAAGACAGAAGAAAGGGCAUUCUGCCCUAUUUUGUGCAUGUAGAAGAGGAUCCAUGGGUGUCCUGCGGGUGUUGUCGGUCACCAUGGGAAGGAUCAGCACUUUUAGGUCCUAUCAGAUCAUGCUGCUCUUUGCUGCAGCUCUGGCCGUGGUGGCCUUCUACUACUUUGGCUCUGAAAAGCAGAACUUCUCCAGCACCACAAAACGGAUCAAGGAAACACAGGCGAGCCACAACACCAAUCGUGAUGAUGCAGAUCUCUCCAUAGACAUCCGGUCUGGACAUCCAGAAAGCAGAACGGGAGCUGGAGAUGAGCCGGAGGGAAAGCCAUCACGCUUUCAUGCUCUCAUGAUGUUCACCAAAGUUGACAAGAGCUUGAACUUGCUGCACAAGUUUCAGGUGGCCAUGCGCUCCGUGGCCAAACAUGGACGGUUCCUGGAGGAGGAGGUGCUGGUUCUUCAUUACGUCUCUGAUGCUGGAAGUCGAGAGCUGGGGGAAAAGAUGCUUCCUGAACUUCUGCUGGAUGCAACCUUCCGGUACGAGGUGGUGUUUCACGAUGUAGGCACCCUUACGGAGAAAUUAUUCCCCAUUGUAGAGGCUAUGCAGAAACACUUCAGUGCAGGUUCCGGUGCAUACUAUAGCGACGCCAUCUUCUUCCUGUCGGUGGCCAUGCAUCGCAUCAUGCCUAAAGAACUGAAGCGCAUUGUUCAGUUGGACCUGGACCUCAAAUUCAGAGGAAACAUCAGAGACCUCUUCCAAGAAUUUAACCAUUUCCCUGCUGAGGCUGUCAUUGGAAUUGCACGUGAAAUGCAGCCGGUUUACAGGCACACUUUCUGGCAGUACCGCAAAGAGAAUCCCAAGUCCCGUGUGGGUGACCCUCCACCAGACGGUCUGCCGGGCUUCAACAGCGGCGUAAUGCUUCUGAACCUCGACGCCAUGCGUCACUCUACCUUAUACAACCAGCUUCUGGAGCCCGAGCGGGUGGCUCGCCUUGCGGAGAAAUACCACUUCCGGGGCCACCUGGGUGAUCAGGAUUUCUUCACGAUGAUCGGGAUGGAGUACAGGGAACUAUUUUACCCAUUGUCCUGUGGCUGGAACCGACAGCUUUGCACAUGGUGGAGGGAACACGGGUAUGGUGACGUCUUCCAGCUGUACUAUCGCUGCGAUGAGCCAGUGCACAUCUACCACGGCAAUUGCAACACUCCCAUACCCGAUGAUUGAGGUUCAAAGUGCGCCUUUGAAUGCCAACUUUUAGAUUAAACUCAUUUUGUUUGCACAUCUUGAACAACUUUAAAUCAAGUGGACCAAGGCUGAAGGGGCUCAUUGUUAGAGGUGCUAAUAGUGCAGCAUUCCCAUGACUAAUCACAUUUACGCAAUAUAGUCCAGCCAUUACCACAUUAAUCAUUCAUUUAACACCGCUGAGGCUGUUGGUGCCUUUCCAAAGUUACUGAAAAGAAACUCUGGCUUAAAUACCAGUUGUUUUUCUUUAUUUAAAUAAUGCAGUGCGCCUUUGACUCUCAGUAGUCUGACUUUCCUCAUGCAGGUGUCUCGUCAAAUCACUCUUAGACAGCAGGUUGUGAAAGAGCCAAUCAGAGAGUCUUUUUCUCCUUCUAAUUUCACACUGUAUUGUUUACAGGUGCAGUUGCACUCUUGCAGUCACAUUAAGGUACCACUUAUCUUCACUUUAAAAUGUGGAGAGAAUUGCUGUUUUAACUUCUCUUAUCUUCAAUUCUGUGAAAUGAAUUCCCACUUUAAGCCACAUUUCCCACUCAUUCGCAAAUGUUUUUAUGCAGCGAUGAUGAGAAACGAGGGGGAAAGGGUGUUGACCCAUUUUCCUGAGUAUUUAUGCGCUGAUUUGGAAAGCCGUUUCUCUGUGAUGUGCAACUGAAUCGCCUUAGAAUAGCCACGAUAACAUCUCUGAUCGGAGGUCUCAUUCUUGCCGAAGUGGUCUGAUCCGCCUGAGAAAUGUGGAAGUGGGAUUUGCUGGAAUAUUCUAAAGGGAACAGCCUCUGCUCUGAGGGAGAUAUGCGCUAGAUUUGAGGGCAGAGCACUAGCUGUUGUGGUUGGCUGGCAUUUAUUGAGCGAUGUUGCUGUUGGCAAAACUCUGCGGGGUUGUGUGAAUUGCUCGUAAUAACCUGUGCAAUGUCAAAUUAACAGGCCAAAGAGAAAGAACUUAGUAAUCAGGCCUCACAUGUUUUGGCAGGCAGCCAUGAGAUCCCACUUCAAGCUCUUCUGUGUCCAGCAUGGUGAGGUUAAGGACUGCGUGUCUUCGGGAUUUUCAGUGAAUUUGUCUUUUGUUUUGUUGGGAAGUGCGGUCAUGUUUUUUUUUCUCUAGCUGUUUUAGACCCUGCCUGAUCAAGUUAAAAGCAAAGUGUUUAACUAAUUAACCUUUAAUCUGCUAGUCCAAUCACAUGAAGUAUUCAUGCUUUUUUCCUGUUUUCUUUGUGUAUAAAUUUUCAUUGGGUCUCAUCCUGAAAGAUGAGCAGAGCAUAUUUUCGUGUAAAUCUUAAUUUGUACUUUAUCUUUCAAAAGCUGGGGGUAGGAAAGAUUCAUGUACUGGUAUUCGGUAAAACAAUAUAUCACGAUAAAGAACAAUAUUGUUAUCAUGGGUACUUCAAAAUACUGUGAAUAAUUAUUUAUUACAGAUUAUUCUUUUUUUGGAAUGCAUUUUAAGAAUAUGCACAACACAGCUGUAUGUUGCGUCAAAGAGGCAUACACACUCUGAUGUAAACAAGCCCAACACGGAUGAGAAGCGCGUGGCGGAACGAGUGAAGUAAAUGCACUGAAUGAAAGCGCACAUUCACUCUGACAGCAGAUGGCGCUGAUGGAACAGCAGAAAUGCAGCCGUUACCCUGGAAACCCUGUAAACAAAGCAGCUGCACUACUCUUGCUGUGUCCCAAUUCGCCUACUUAUACUAUGCCCUAAAAGUAGGGAUCCACGAUAUUAUCGGACUGAUAUUGGAAUCGGCCAAUAAUGGCUUUGAAUAAUGGCAUCCUUAGUUGUCAGUUAUAAUCAUCAAAAUUAAAAGAAACAAACAUUUGAAAUAUAUGAGUCUGUGUGUAAUGAAUGAAUAUAAUAUACAAGUUUCACUUUUUGAAUGGAAUUAGUGAAAUAAAUCAACUUUUUGAUGAUAUUCUAAUUAUAUGACCAGCACCUGUAUGUAUAUUUUUUUAAAUGUUUUGAUUCUUUAUUGUUCGGAUAUACUUUAUAUUAAGGCUCCAUUAGUUAAUUCAUUAGUUAAAAUAAACUGCCAAUGAAAAAUUCUUCUAAAGCAUUUAUUAAUCUUAGUUCAUUUCAACAUUUAAUAACACUUUAUUAAAAUCAAAAGUUGUAAAUGUAUUAUUUAAUAGACCUGAGCUAACAUGAACAGCCGUAUUUUUAACAAAGAAUAAAUUCUGUAACAAAUGUAUUGUUCUUUAUAAUUCUUUUGCACUUUAAUCUGUUUGAAACAUUUGUUUGAUUUAUACAUUUCUGUGUAUUGCUUUAUUGUAUUUAAAUGUUCAGUUCUACGGUAUUAAACCUGUUAUACUGUAUUAUGGCAACAUUUUUGCAACUUAUGUCAAGAUUGUGGUAAUUCAGCAUACUGUGAUUACCGCAACAUGCCUAGUCUGUUUUUUUUCUCUCUUUUUUUUGAAAAUCUUACCAACCCCAAACUUUUGAACAAUAGGCUCAUAAAGACUUUACUAAUAAUACCUUGUUUUCCAUGAACAUUUUUCCCCCCAAAGGAAUCUCUCAGGGAAGAUUUAUGGAACAAAACAAGAUCUUAGUAUAAGGAAAACUUAAUAAGACCUCCACAAACUACACUUCUAUGUAGUACAGUUUAUUCUUUCUACAUAACCAUCUGUUUGUCCUUCAAUUUUGAGUAUUGAAUGUAAUACACACUUGUUGUCAUAGAAAUUGAAUGUAUUAAUUAACAAAAUUCCAAAAGUGAAGGCGCAUCAAAUUUGUAAUAUAUGUAAUAUAUCUUUAUCUCCAUGCAAAUGUCUUGGUGGUCCGAAUAAAAUGUCCUUAUAUAAUCCUA